CGCCUCCUCCAUUUGCGUAGCGAAGGCUCCACCUUUCAAGCAUUGCAGUGACCUCAGCAGCAGUGGGCUGUAUUGAGCUGGGUGGGAUUUUCAGUCUCGUAUUCACGAUCUCGUAUCAAAGGAUCACGAUUUAACGGUGUAUGUGACGGAGCGAAUACGCGUUUAGCCGGCUGGCGCUGAAAGGUGCAGGGUUUGUGUUCGUGUUUGCGUGCAUCUAACGAUAGGGAUCAAAUAAACGAGGAAUGUGGGAUUUACAGAAUGCCCAACAGCGUUGGAAAAAGAUUUAAACCCACCAAAUACAUCCCGGUGUCCACUGCCGCCACUCUUCUGGUGGGAUCCACUACUUUAUUCUUCGUCUUCACGUGUCCCUGGUUAACCAAGGCCAUCUCACCUGCUGUGCUUCUGUACAAUGGCAUCGUCUUCCUCUUCGUGUUGGCCAACUUCAGCAUGGCCACCUUCAUGGACCCUGGAGUCUUUCCCCGAGCGGAUGAGGACGAAGACAAAGACGAUGACUUCCGAGCUCCGCUGUAUAAAAACGUGGAGAUAAAGGGGAUUCAGGUGCGGAUGAAGUGGUGUGCCACGUGCCACUUCUACAGACCUCCGCGCUGCUCACACUGCAGUGUGUGUGACAACUGUGUGGAGGAGUUUGACCACCACUGUCCAUGGGUGAACAACUGCAUUGGCCGGAGGAAUUACCGAUAUUUCUUCUUGUUCCUGCUGUCUCUAAGUGUUCACAUGGUGGGAGUGUUUUCCUUCGGUCUACUGUUCGUCUUACAUCACCUUGAGACGCUGAGUGCGCUUCACACGACUGUGACUCUUGUGGUUAUGUGUGUGACUGGCCUGUUUUUCAUCCCUGUUAUGGGCCUCACUGGGUUCCACAUGGUUCUGGUAACCAGAGGACGAACCACAAACGAACAGGUGACAGGAAAGUUCAGAGGGGGAGUGAAUCCAUUCACUCGGGGUUGCUGUGGUAAUGUGAAACACGUCUUAUGUAGUCCACUUGCUGCUAGGUACAUCACUGAUCCCAGGAAGAAACUUCCCAUCACUCUGAAUCCACCGUUCCUCCGUCCUGACCUCUCUUACCGACACGUCCGUGUAAAAGUCAGUGAUAAUGGUAUCCAUAGUAGCAUCCUCCAAAGCAAAUCUAAGACCAGCCUGGAUGGUGUGGAUGAUAAAAGUGUAGAUACACAACCUCCUCUGCCGCCCAAAGCAGAUCGCUACAACCAGCUGAAGAGUCAGCUCACCUCCAGCGAAGGCAAUUCCCUGUCCGGCAAACCAACCAGUCCAUCUACCCCAGCCAUGUACAAAUACAGACCUUACUUCGGCACCAUGCCUAAAGUGCACUAUCACGUCACCGGAGAGAAGAUCGUGAUGUCUGAGAACGGUAAGCCCUCUGCCGUUUUGGAGGAGCGAGGUCACGAUUACCGCUCCGAGCCGAAUCUGGAUAUGCCAGACUACCGCAGCGCUCCUCUUCACCGAACAUACCAGUCCUCGCCCUUCCAGCUGGACUCCUUCAGCACGACGUCUCGUUUAUUCAGUCUGAAGCAGGCCGUGAACGGGGCCGACCAGAUGCCACUGGGUGUCAGCAAACCAGAAACGGUCACUUCCACCCCUCACAAAGGAGUCUUCUCGCCUGGGAUGUUAUCGGGCCGCAACAGCAGCCUGUCCUACGACAGCUUACUGACCCACAGCGUAACGCCGUCUGUGGGCGAGUGCGCUGCUCACCCAGGAGUGCCCUCUAUGGGUUUUCAUUCACCUUACCUGCCCACUAAAAUGUGCCAUGUACGAGGGCCCGAGCUUCAGCGGCACAUCGGCCCCCCAUCCUAUAGUCCUGUGCAUGUCGGAGUGAUGUACGGGCGGCAGUCGCCGCUCUCAAGAGACCGAGAUCCCUCGCCCGUCCGCUACGACAACCUCUCCAAAACCAUCAUGGCUUCCAUCCAGGAGAGGAAGGAGCUGGAGGAGAGGGAGAAACUCAUGCAUCGGCACGCUCAAGCGUACGCCAAUGAUUCGGGUGUAUUUGACACCUGCAGCGGAGCCGCCUACGGACUCCCACGAGGCACCGGAUCUCGAGAGCCCACUCCUCCAGUGUGCGGCUCUCGGGAUAACUUGAUGGGAGUCGGAGUGGUGGGAUACGCUCCCCGAACACCCGUUCUGCAUUCCUCUGCAUCCUCGCUCUCCAGAGCGCCGAGGACUUCAACGACGUCCCUCCACACUGAUGCAGGCGGUGUGAGCCGGACAGCCGAGCGCCAGUAUCGCUCUCCGGUGCGCCAAACACACCACUCCCCAACAGCUGUGCCCCGUUCCCCGACAUACACACAUCAGAAGGUCACCUUCAUUAGCGCCCUGGAGAGGGCGGACUCGCCACAUCUUGGUACAAGAGAGGACCUCUGUCAAGGUAAAGUCAACGGGCAACUAAAGGGCCAAGCACGUGACUGCCAUCUAGGGACUCCUUCUGGAACCCCCAGCAGACACGCCAAUGUCAAAAAGGUCACAGGAGUGGGCGGGACUACAUAUGAGAUCUCCGUUUGACGGACAGCUUGAAGAGCCACUGCCUGUGAGGAAAAGCACUGCCAUGGCAGCACCACCUCCACUUGAGCUCAAGUUUUUUUUUUUUAUAAUAUUGAAACGACCGAUCAGGAGGCACACAGUUCUAAUGGGAAAAGUUUUUACAUUGGCCAUUUCUUUGCUAAAAAGAUGACAAGCAACUUUCCAUGUGAGCCAGUGUAUAAUAUAACAGGAGUGCUUCGUCAGAGAAGUGUCAGCCAUCAGGAUAUAAAUCCAACAGAAAAUAAUGGUUUAAAUGCUUAAAAUGGAAA